GUUUCUUGCAGGAAAUUCUCCAGGAAAUUACCAAAAAUUUACUCACAUAUAAGAUAAAAUAUUUGAAUGUCAGAUUAAAAAUGAUGACGCCAAGUGUUCCUCUCUUUGACCAUGCUGCUGUUCUUCCCAGAUUCAGUAGGUGCAGAACACAACCAUGAAGUACUUCAUUCUCCUGGCCCUGUUUGCCACAGCUUUUGCUGCUCCCAUUGAUGAUGAGGAUGACAAGAUUGUGGGAGGAUAUGAGUGCAGAAAGAACUCUAAGCCCUACCAGGUGUCCCUGAAUGCUGGCUACCACUUCUGUGGAGGUUCCCUGAUCUCCAGCAUCUGGGUGGUGUCUGCUGCUCACUGCUACAAGUCCCGCGUCCAGGUGCGUCUUGGUGAGCACAACAUUGCUGUCAGUGAGGGCACCGAACAGUUCAUCAACUCUGCUAAGGUCAUCAGGCACCCCAGAUACAGCAGCCGCAACCUGGACAAUGACAUCAUGCUGAUCAAGCUGAGCAAGCCCGCCACCCUGAACAACUAUGUCCGCACCGUGUCCCUGCCCUCCAGAUGUGCCAGCUCAGGCACCCGCUGUCUGAUCUCUGGAUGGGGCAACACCAGCGGCUCUGGAAACUACUACCCUGAUCGUCUGAGGUGCCUGGAUGCCCCCAUCCUGAGCGACAGCAGCUGCAGGAGCUCCUACCCUGGACAGAUCACCUCCAACAUGUUCUGUGCUGGAUUCCUUGAGGGAGGCAAGGACUCCUGCCAGGGUGACUCUGGUGGCCCUCUGGUGUGCAGCAAUCAGCUGCAGGGUGUGGUGUCCUGGGGUUACGGAUGCGCCCAGAGGAACAAGCCCGGAGUUUACACCAAGGUCUGCAACUACAACUCCUGGAUUCACAGCACCAUGUCCUCCAACUAAAGUCACUGUCCUUGAACGAACAUUUGUUCAAACAAACAUUUGACAAUAACAAACUGUUCCAAGAAAAUAAAUGAUUAACAUAAA